GAAAUGGAUGUUAAAAGGAGGAAGCCUAAUUGGACAGAGAGGGAACUUCUUGCUUUGGCAGAGGCUGUUGCUCCCAGAUCUAGAUUAUUAAAGUCAAAAAUAUCCCCCUCCAUUACAGUCGAUCGAAAACAAAAGAUGUGGUCAGAGAUUGCAAUUCAAUUAAAUUCCAUAACAUUGGUGAACCGGACAAUUGAUGAAAUCAAAAAGAAAUGGGUUGAUAUGCAAUCAUUGACAAAGAAAACAGAGAGUGAAAGAAGGAGGUCAAUCAAAAUGACAGGAGGUGGACCAGCCCUUGAUGUUUACUAUAAAGCAUGGGAGAAUGUGGUGUUGCAGUCCCUUUCAGAGGUGGCCAUUGAAGGCAUUAGCUGUGGGGUAGACACAGCAGAAAGUGAAUCAUCCUCCCCGAGCCAGUCUGCCAUUACACCUUGUGUAGUGUCUGAUGAACCUUCCAUAAAAGGAAGUGAAGAGACUAGUCCACAGGAACAGUAUCUAAUAUUUCAAAAGGAGAAGUUGGCUAAAGUUUCUGAUUAUAGGAAAAGGAAGUUAGACAUUAUGGAAUAG